AUGGUGAGUGAUGAUAGUGGAGAUGCUUUCUACUCUGAGAGUGGCCAUGGUUCUGAGGAUAGUGGAGAUGAUUCUGAUGACAGUGAAUACAAUGUGGAUGAGUCUAACAUACAAUUUGAUGUAGAUGUAGACAUGAGUGAAUUCCAUAAUGCUGUUGAUGUAGAUGAACAUGGAAUCUUGAACAAUCAUUCAAAAGAUGAUGGGAUUGGAGUGGUUGACUUUGAUAAUGAGUUGGAAGUUAUUGCCACUGAUGAUUAUCAAUUUGCAGGAUUUCAUGAAGAUGAUAGGAAGAGACUGCUAAAAGAGUUGAGUAAGUCAAGUACAUGCUCACAUGGAGAGGUUCAUGUUAAACCAUUUCAGAUUGGUCAGGUCUUCAAAACCAAGGUUGAUGUUAAAAACUACAUGAACUCACAUGCUGUAGCAACAAGGAGGUCUUUAUACCUAGCCAAAAAUGACAAAAUCCGGAUUAGGGUGAAAUGUAAAGGUGUUGUAAAUAGACAAAAGGGAAUAAUACCAGCAAUGGAGAAAGUAUUCCCUAGUGCAGAACACAGAGCAAUGGAUGAGUUGAAGAAGAUCAAUGCAGAGGCUCAUGCUUGGGUGUCUAAGAUCCCAGCAAACACUUGGGCUAAAUCUCACUUUAGUGGAAGGGCACAUACUGAUUGUUUGUUGAAUAACCUUUGUGAGGUAUUCAAUUCAAAGCUAGAUGAAGGAAAUAGAUAA